AUGGCAGGCACUAUCUCAUCUGUCCCCACGGUGGACCUCAAUGAUGGUACCUCGGUCCCGGUGAUUGGGUAUGGCACUGGCACGGCAUGGUACAAGAGAACAGACAGUGGAAUCAAUCGUGACUUGGUAGACUCUCUCACCACGGCAACCAAGCUGGGUUAUCACCACCUCGACGGGGCGGAAGUGUACCAAACGGAGGAGGAACUGGGGCUCGCAAUCAGAGAGAGCGGCAUCCCUCGAGAGAAGCUCUUCAUCACGACCAAAGUAAUCACCAACAUUGCUGAUAUCCCAUAUGCCAUGGAAAGCAGUCUGAAGAAGCUCCAGCUGGAUUAUGUGGAUCUGUACCUGAUCCACGCCCCGUUCUUUGCAAAGACAGACGAGGAGCUCCAGGCCGCCUGGGCUGCCAUGGAACAAGUCAAGGCUGCUGGAUAUGCUCGAUCGAUUGGAGUGUCAAAUUUCCUGCAAAGCCACUUGCAAGCUAUCCUCAAAACGGCCAAGGUGGUGCCAUCGGUGAACCAGAUUGAGUUCCACCCUUACCUGCAACAUGGAAAUUUGGUUCCCUACCACGAGAGUCAAGGCAUUAAGACCGUCAGUUUCGCGGGGUUGACUCCGGCGGUUCGUGCCAAAGGCGGGCCACUGGACCCGUUGCUCUCCUCCUUGGCCACCAAAUAUGGAGUGGACGAGUCGGAGGUCUUGCUCCGCUGGAAUCUCGACCGUGGUUGUAUUGCGAUCACCACUAGUGGCAAAGAGACCCGCAUGAGCAGCUAUCUGCGAUCAUUGACCUUCAAGUUGACCCCCCAAGAGGUGGAGGAGAUCUCGAAGGUUGGAGGAUCGUAUCAUUUCCGGGCAUUCUGGAAAGACAAGUUUGCAGCAGGUGAUCGGUCAUGA